UCUGUCUCUGUCUCUGAUUUAUUUUUCAUCUGUAUUUGAAAGGUUUCACUGGCAUGUCAACGGGCUUCUCUACCACGUUAACAGAAAGCGAAUGUGUACCGUCAGAACUAACAGAGGAAGAUUUAGACAGUUUACAGCUUGAGCUUGCAAAGACAGAAGAAGAAAUCCUGACUCUGCGACAGGUGCUUUUGGCCAAAGAAAGAUCUGCAGCAGAUAUCAGGAGACAGCUGGGGAUGGGUCCUCUCAGUAACAUCAAACACAACCUGUCCAGAGGAUGGCAGGAGGUUCAGAUCUCCGUAAGUUACCUCACUGCCACAGCCACUUUGGAGGACAUCAGUCACUCCAAUGUUUACAUAAGGACAAGAGAGAGUCUCUGUAAUGCCGGCCAGGUUACAUCCACAGCGCUGUCACAUAUGGGUGUGGCCAUCACCAAGAGGCUGGCGGAAAUGAGAACGCUGUCUCUUCCCAGCUCAUCGCGUGUGCUGAACCACCCCAUAAGUGUGCCAACUAUGAGACACUCCUCCACAUUCAAGUCUUUUGAGGAAAUGGUUGGUAAUGUGAAGGACAAGGUGACUGGUACUCUGGCAAAUAACAGAGAUACAUCUGGAUUUGAAAGAACUUCACUCCACAGGACAUAAUUGGACCCAUCAAAAACACAAAUGAAGUUUUAUUCAUAUGUGGAGU